AUCUCAAGAUCAGCCAGAGGCCCAGUGGGCUGAUCUUCAGAACUGGAGUAGCCCCCCCACCUCGAUACGGAGAGAGGCGUGCACGUGGGUGUGCGGGUGUCUCUCUAUCCCAGCUGGAGCGACACAACACAAAAUUCAAAGGAGAGAGGACACCCUGCAGCACAGGACGCACCACGUUGAUCUCUUUGGUCUUCUCUUUUGGAUUUUACCUUUUCCUGCGCUUUUAUUUGGUACUUAAGCGCUACAGGUCGAAGUCGGGGCUUGUUGUCCUUUUGGGGGGAGUUUCACGUGUCUCCAUUUGGCACCAGACGCAUCUGUCAUCGACCGCCACCGAGUGCCUGGAGCUGCCAAAGUCAUGCCGGCCGGGUUUCAGCAACUCGGGGGGGAGACUGUGACUGGAACUUUUAUCCUCUCGGUCUUCACUGCCGUCCUUGGAUCUCUGGAGUUUGGGUACAACAUCGGCGUCAUCAAUGCACCUCAGAAGAUGAUUGAGGAGGACUAUAACGCGACAUGGGUGCACCGGCAUGGCGUGCCGAUCCCGGCGGGGACGCUGACCUCCCUCUGGUCCCUGUCUGUGGCCAUCUUCUCCAUCGGUGGCAUGCUGUCCUCCUUCUGCGUGGGUUUUGUCUCCGAGUGGCUCGGCAGGAGGAAAGCCAUGCUUAUAAACAACUUGUUUGCCUUCAUUGGAGGAAGUCUGAUGGGGUUAUCCAAGCUCUGCCGCUCGUAUGAAAUGAUAAUCCUGGGACGCUUUAUCAUCGGCGCCUACUGUGGAUUAGCAUCAGGCCUGACACCGAUGUAUGUGGGGGAGAUAGCUCCCACAAGUCUACGAGGGGCUCUGGGCACGCUGCACCAACUGGCCAUAGUCACUGGUAUUCUCAUAGCACAGAUCUUGGGUCUGGAGGUGUUACUGGGCGGUGAGGACUUGUGGCCAGUCCUGCUGGGUUUAACUGUCGUGCCAACUGUACUUCAGAUGGCAUUGCUGCCUUUCUGUCCCGAGAGCCCCCGCUUCCUCUACAUUGUCCGCUGCCAGGAGCACCAGGCCAAGAGAGGCCUCAGGAGGUUGACGGGCAGGCAGGAGGUGGGCGACAUGCUUGCAGAGAUGAAGGAGGAGAAGAGGAAGAUGGAUAUGGAGAGGAAGGUGUCCAUCCUGGAGCUCUUUCGUUCUCCGGUGUACCGCCAGCCCAUCAUCAUUUCCAUCCUGCUGCAGCUCUCCCAGCAGCUGUCUGGGAUCAACGCAAUUUUCUACUACUCCACCAGUAUCUUCAUGAAGGCGGGAGUCCAGAGUCCAGUCUAUGCCACCAUAGGAGCAGGUGUGGUGAACUGCGCCUUCACUGUGGUCUCGCUCUUCCUGAUCGAGAGGAUGGGCCGACGGACGCUCCACAUGCUAGGACUUGGUGGGAUGUGCAUCUGUGCAGUCGUCAUGACGAUGGCUCUCGCUUUGUUGGACAGCGUUCCAUGGAUGAGCUACAUCAGUAUGCUGUCAAUCUUUGGCUUUGUGGCCUUCUUUGAGGUCGGCCCAGGACCCAUCCCCUGGUUCUUUGUAGCUGAGCUGUUCUCUCAGGGUCCAAGGCCGGCUGCCAUGGCUGUGGCCGGCUUUUCCAACUGGACUGCCAACUUCAUCAUCGGCAUGUGCUUCCAAUAUGUUGCUAACCUCUGUGGGCCAUACGUCUUCCUGAUCUUCGCGGUGCUCCUCCUUUUCUUCCUCAUCUUCACAUUCUUCCGGGUUCCAGAGACGCGGGGCAAGACCUUCGACCAGAUUGCAGCAAACUUCCACCAACACUCGGCAGGAGGAAUGAUGGAUAUGGAUAUGGACAUGGACAUGAACAUGGACCUGGGCAAGUCCAGCACAGAGAUGGACUACUUGGGGGAGGAAAGCAACAACUAAAGACAUGGAACUGAGGCCAGCUUGGGAUGAACUGUGUAUGUGGGCCUGACUUUCUGACAUGUACUUUAAGGUCAAUUGUUGUAUUCAUAUAAGAUUGUGGUUAGAGGUGUGUUUUGGAAUUGUCCUUUGUUGGUACCACUGCAGCUUGGAUGUUAACGGUUAAGAUUUGAGCCUCAACAGAAGGCUUAAAACCUGUGGAUUAACAGUUGGCUACUGUAGUUUCAAGGAAUAAGAUGCAUAAAAGAACAAAGUGUUUGGACUGUUGAGGCACUGACUGCCAACGUGGUAGGAUUUUAUUCCGUGGCGAUGCACUCAGUGGACAGACGGAUGCGGAGAGACUUUGGAAUUCCUGCACUUUAUCUACAACGACAUCCAAAGUUGAAAGUAAAAAAAGAAAAAGAAAAAACACAGUCAAGUAUGCUUACCUGUUUUAUAAUGAAGCUGGGAACAUGCUAGAUGUGCAAGUCCAAGUGAGUUAAACACACUGAACUAUAAGAUUUGAAACACUAGUAUGUGACAUGUACAUUUUUACUUUUAAACCUUUAGGAUCACUAUGGGAGGAUUGCAAAGAAAAAAAUCCAACAUUUGACACAGACUGAAAUGUUUCUGUAAAACCAACGAUUUAAAAAAUUCAAAUACUAUAAACUGGCAUUAAACAGUCAAAUUUGUAAUCUGGUUUAGUUAUUCUUUAGACAGUUUCAGGUAAAAAUGUCAACUCUACAUUCAUUUAUUUAGGUUUGGCUCAAGGAAAAAAAAAAAAAAAAAAGAUUUUUGUGUCAGCACCAAAACUUGGGUUUGAAAACGUCAUGCGACAUGCAGCCGUAAAAAUAACCUUCUAUGCUAACCCCACUAGUCCAUCCAAACUGUCUUCAGUCCUUCAGAAAAUGGGGUUUCAUAAGUCUUCAUCACCAGUUACGCAGUGUGUUCCCAGCUUCAGCUAAGUGCUAUCACAAAGUAUUUCUGUCAGAUCACAAGAAACUCGUUGCACAACCUUCAGAACAAAAAUCUAUUUUAGUACUUCUUGUGUACAUAUAAGUGUGUUUUUUGGUUGCUGAUAUGAAGGGUACCAGGGUCUAAAAGUGUCAGCUUUCUGCACUCCAGUAGGUGUUUGGUUUUUACGCUACAGCAAGAUGUGCAAUCAAAAAGGCUGCUUGUAAAGAGCAGAUCUUGUAGAGGAUAUCAAUCACAAGCAUCAUGUCUGUAUUUAUUUUGGCAUCUGUCGUAUGUGCUGUUUGCUGUCUAUACUUUAAUGGUGUGUAUCACUACCUUCUGAGGAUUUGUACUGAGGUUUUUUCCAGAGAGGACCUGUUAAUUUGUAUAGAGUGAAUACUGAUGCUGUGGUCAUACUGUAAAUAAUGUCUCUGAAAAACAACAAAAAAGGCCUCCUUUAAUUUCCAGCCACUACUAGAAAUUGUUAACUGUUACGUUAACUAAUUCCAAAUACUCUGCACCCCAGUCAAACAUGAAGAAAUAAGGACUGAAUCUUGACAUUUGCAAACAUGAUUUUUUUUAAUUGGCUUUUUUUUUUUUUUUUAGUACUGACAUUGCACAUAAUCCCCUCCAAAGAAACGCACACACAAAUAAGAAAAAAAUAAAGUUUCUUUUCAUCAAUCUAUCCUCAACUGGGGAGAUAGUAGGGAGUAGUAUGUUUAUCGGGACUGAUGGUAAGGUGGUAACAGAACUAAACUGGCUCCCAUAAUGCACCACCAAACUCACAACUGCUUGGGUUUUCCCCUCUUCAACCAAAUUUAAAAGAAAAAAAAAAAAAGGUAAAUAAAAAUCAAGGCUGGUUCCUCUAUAAACUACUUGACAUGUCUCAUCAGGACAAUUAAAGAAAAAUAGUUUUUAAAGGGGGAUUUCAAUAACUGGGUUACCAAGCAGAUUGUCCAUUCUCCCCCCCCCCUUUUUUUUAUAUAUAUAAAAAGA